CUGGAAUGGCGUGGGAUUAGCUGUCCUGCCAGCAUGCGCUGCUGCACCUUGGACGAGCUGCUGGCGACGCUGCCGUCGGACCGCGAGCGACUGGAAGCGCAGAUCGACCGCUUGGGCGAGCAAUCGGCCGAGGCGCAAGGCUUGCGCCAGCCCAUCACGUCCAUGGUACUCGUGCAAUCGCCCAAGAGCCUUGACGAAGGCCAUAUCGUCCACGUCCUCGUCGACGAUCGGCAAAAUGGCGAGAUUGUGGGGUACCUCAAGACGGGUACCAAGCACCUCUACUACAUGACAGCUGCAGGAGCAUACAAGGAGAUGGACCCGGUCUGCGUCCUUGACUUUUACGUCGUCCAGCAGCGCCAUGGCCACGGCGCAAUGCUCUUUCGAUCGAUGCUCGAGCGGCUCCAACUACGCGCCAAGGACCUUGCGUACGACCGGCCGUCGCCCAAGCUCGGGCCCUUCCUCGCCAAGUACUUCGGGCUGCGCUCGUUCGUACCGCAGAGCAACCGCUUUGUGCUCUUCGACGCAUAUUUCGAAACAACCCAGUAGUGUUGUAUAGCAAAUCAUUACACGGACGCCAGAAACGCAAGGAGCUUCGUGUCUUCGUCCUCGGGCUCCUCGGGCUUGGACGGGUCAUAGCACGCGCGGAUCUGCGCACCGCCAAACCACCGGCCGUUCAUGACCUCGAGGCACUUGAUCGCACUGGGGAGCGCUUCAAACUCGACGGCCACCACUUGCUGCACUCCAUCUGCAAGUCGUCUUCCAAGUCCAAGUUCUCUUCGUCGUCGCCAUCGUCGACAAUGUUGUACAAGAGAAUCGAGCGGGACGGCGUCUCGAGCACGUGCUCGUCCGUGGGCGGAAGCUCGGGCGGACCGACGACGGGUGCAGCGGCUACUGCCGCUGCUGCAUUUCGUUGAGAAACGCUGUGACUGCGUCGGCGCCUUCGGCCAUCGGCGGCGGCUCAAGCGGCGCAAGAGACGGCUCCACCUCUUCCUUCUUGUUGAACUCGGCCGCCUUUGCACUAGACGUCCAUUAGCGUAAGCAGAGAUCGGAUCGCGUAAUGUCGUACGUGAUGCGAACACCAGGCUUGAUCUCUGCA